AUGUCCUUCUCAACCCCACAAAGUUUUAUGGCUCCAAAAUCCGCGACCGUGACACACCCUUCUCUUCAUAUCCGGGACGCGAACGACGCUCAUAUCAUUCUAGAGGCCGUGAGAUUGGGCAUUCUGCCUCUAAUAACCCGGCGCCUUCUCGUGAAUGAAAGGGAUGAACUCCGUAGCGGUCAGGUCUACGUUUGGGAGGAGGCUCAAGACGAUGGUGGACUUUUGCGAUGGACAGAUGGAAGGAGAUGGUCGCAAAGUCGGAUGCGAGGUGACUACCUCUUUUACGAGGAAAAAAUAGAAACAACCCAGGAGGAGCGCGAUGCAAAAGCUGCUAGGCGCGCCCAACGAGCUUCAGACCCUAAUGCAUUUAUCUCACCUCCAUUGAGACGGAAAGAUCGGCCCUCAAAGCCAAAUGGACUUACAAAACAGACCUAUUCCGUAACCGUAACAUUUCCUGGAUCAAGUGAAACCCGAAAGUGGCACGUUGUCGCGUAUUUUUCCGGAAAUGACUACUUGCGGUUACCGGUCAUCGAGGAUUAUGAUUACCUCAGGAAUAUACGCAAAUCAACUGGAAUUUUCUUUAGGAACCGAAUUAUUUGCCCAAGAAAAGACGGUGCUUCAUACCAUUCAGAUGAUAGCGACAUGCACGAUGUGGCGAACUCGUUACCUCCACCGAUACACAAUUCGCACCCUUAUCCCUUAGCACCGUUGCCCAACAUCAACCUUGCAUCACGCUUCCAUAUCCCUCCCCCAAUUCGGAUCUCUCUACCCCCCAUCUCAGCUUUGGGGCCACAAGGGUGCAGGCCUUUCCUGCCACCUCCUCACAAUGCCCAUGCAUCUCGUCAAAUGCAAUAUACGCCUCUUUGUCCGGAGGAUCGCCGUGUCUUGGAGAAAUUCAAAGUCAUCUUGUGA